AUGGCCGCAGCAUUGGACACCCGCUGCCCCAUAUGCCUGGACACCUGGGGCAUCCCCGCUUUCACCAUGCCAUGCUACCACCAAUUUUGCUUCCCGUGCAUCCAGCGGUGGGCUGACAGCAAGCCCGAGUGCCCACUCUGCAAGCGGAGGCUGACGUCAAUCGUGCACUCGGUGCAGGCUGAUGACAAGUUUGAGGAGCUGGUCAUCAGCCCGUCGGCAGCAGCAUCCAUCGAUGCCGACAGCCCCCCUGACGCCCAGGCAGCCUGGCCAUGGGCUGCAUGGCUGGCACUCAGCCCUCUGGUGGGUGGCCUCCCCGCGGACACCUGGGGACAACUCUUCCGGGAGCACCCUGCUCUGCUCCAGCCCCUGCUCUCCUGGGUGCGCCAGGAGCUGGGGCGCAUCUUCCAGACACGGCGUUCGCAGGCGCUCAUCUUGGAGAACGCCAUCAGGGAGACCCUGCGCCUGUUCGGACUGGGGGAAGAGAUGCUGGUGCAGCUGUUGGAGGAAGACCUCGGUGAGAACGCGGCGACAUUUGUGCGUCACCUCCUGGACAUUGCCGUGCAACAGUGCGGCAGGGAGGCCCACCGCCUGCUGGGCCUCAACGUUCCCCCUGCAGCCGAGCAUCGGGAGGCCAGCCCCGUGCCAGAACCUGGCCCAUCUGGCCCUGAAGGAGUGGCUCCUGCACCUGGCCCAGUCCCCUCUCUCCAUCCCGCCAGCUCCAGCAGGGAUGCGGUGCCCGGCACAUCAAGAGAUGCCCUUCGAGGGACCCUCUGUGCUCCGUCGGUGGGUGGAGAGACGGAGCCUUGCGGCCGCUCGGGUGGCAGCGGGAGCCCCGGCAGCGCCUCGCUCCACGCCUCGAGCCGGCAGCUCUGGGAAAGGAGAUUAUUCGGAUUUUGCUUCGCCCUCCCCGCCAAGGCGGGUGCACUGGGGCCGCAGUUUGGGGGAUGGCUUAGGGAGGGGGAAAGCGGCGGGGGGCUGCUUUGGGAGAGCCUGUUCCAUGUCGGAGCAGCAUCACCCCCCACGCCCCACGCGCCAGCAAGCCGAGAAGAGGAGAGGGACGGUCCGCAGGGAGCAGCUGGAGCAAAGAAAGAGGUGACCACAAUGCUGCACCACCAUGGGAAGCCCUGGAGGUCCAUGUGCAAGGGACUCAUCCUGGGGACCCUCCUGACCAGCUUCAUGCUGCUGCUCUACUCCUACGCUGUGCCUCCGCUGCAAGUCAGCAUGACAGAGAUCCCCAUCCCCUACUCCUGCUCCUCCUCCCCGGCCCAAGCCAAGGGGCGGGCGGUGGCCAACGGCACACGCAGCCCUUCGGGAGGAGGCUGCCGGCCCAAGCUGGACAUCAUGUUCAUGAAGACGCACAAGACGGCCAGCAGCACCAUCCUCAACAUCCUCUUCCGCUUCGGAGAGAAGCACCGCCUCAAAUUCGCCUUCCCCAACGGCCGCAACGACUUCUACUACCCCUCCUACUUCGAGCGGAGCCAGGUGCAGCACUACCAGCUAGGCAUGUGCUUCAACAUCAUCUGCAACCACAUGCGCUUCCACUACGAGGAGGUGCGCAAGCUCCUGCCAGCGGACACCACCUUCGUGACGGUGCUACGGGACCCUGCCUACCUCUUCGAGUCCUCUUUCCACUACUUCGGGCGCGUCAUCCCCCUCACCUGGAAGCUGCCGGGGGAGGACAAGCUGGCUGAGUUCCUGCGGGACCCCUGGCAUUACUACGACCCAAACGGGUUCAACGCGCACUACCUCCAAAACCUCCUCUUCUUUGACUUGGGCUAUGACAACAACAUGAAUGCCGACAGCCCUCUGGUGGAGCAGCACAUCCAGGAGAUAGAUCAGCGCUUCCACCUGGUCAUGCUGCUGGAGUAUUUUGAUGAGUCCCUGGUGCUGCUGAAGGACCUGCUGUGCUGGCAGCUGGAGGACAUCCUCUACUUCAAGCUCAAUGCUCGCAAGGGCUCCACCAUCUCCCGGCUGACACCUGAGCUCUACGAGAAGGCGACUUCUUGGAACCUCAUCGAUGCCAAACUCUACCGUUAUUUUAAUGCCACCUUCUGGCGGAAGGUGGAGGCCUACGGGAGGGAGCGGAUGGCCAAGGAUGUGGCCGAGCUGCAGCAGGAGAAUGAGAAGAUGAAGAGCAUCUGUAUCGAUGGGGGGCACGCUGUGGAUGCCAGCGCCAUCCAAGAGUCCUCCAUGCAGCCGUGGCAGCCGCUUGGGGAGAAGUCCAUCCUGGGCUACAACUUGAAGAAGAAGAUCAACAAGAAGCACCAGAAGCUGUGCCGCAAGAUGCUGACGCCCGAGAUCCAGUACCUGACGGACCUCGGGGUCAACCUGUGGAUCACCAAGCUGUGGAGCUGGGUGCGGGACUUCCUCAAGUGGUAGGAGAAAGUGGGCGCCCCGUGGGAGAGCCAGGUGCUCGCGUUUUCCUUCUGUCACCUGUCUUUGGGUUGGGCAUGAGCAGAACCAAACGGUGGCUCCCAUAGGUGCUCCCAACCCUGGUCACCCAAGAGUGACGGAGGGGACGUGGGGACACAGCUCAGAGGCCACUGCUGCCAGCAGCAAGGGCUUCAAGGAUUGGGGGUUCGGGGUCUUUCCCAACAGGAUCCACUUCUUCCUUCCACGUGGAAAUGCUGGAGGCAGUAUGGGAAGGACAGGUCCCUGUCGUGCCCUUGUCACAGCAAUAGACAUCCACCACUACAUCACCAGAGGUGCACUGUGGGUCGGGCAGCGGUGGGACCCAUGGGGCCAGGUGUGCGCAGGUGAUCUGGAGUUCGCACUGCGUCACUCCCAGCGGGGGCUGCUUUCACCAUCCCCUUUCCCUCCAGCCCAGUUUCUGGGGCUCCCUGUCCAAGCCCACCACGCUGCUGGGGCUCCCCCAGCCCAUGGGUGCGUUGAGUGCCACACGUCCUCAGCACACCCGUGGCUAUUGGUGCCUGUCACACCAUCAGCCCAGACCCAGAAAGCCCCGGCAGGUUUCUAAGCAUCAUCCACACAUGAAU